AUGACUGUGAUAGCUGACAUCACCAGCCCUAGCAGGAUUGGAGAAAAUAAAGAAGAAGAAGAGAGACAGCCUUUGACCUACUGGUGGAGCCACGUUCAGUCCCUCCUUUACUGCAGCGAGGCCUCUGUGAGAGGGACAUUUGUUGAAGAAAGCCGCAGCUGCAUCUGCCCUAAUGAUCAGCCUUCUUGUCAGAUCACCAUCCCUUGUAGUGCAGGAGAAGGGCCAGAAUGUGCUGCCUGUGCAGAAGAUAACAUCACCCAGUGUGGAUCCUGCAAUUCUGGCUAUAUCCUCACUUUAGGGCUGUGCCGCCCAGAGGUGGCAGAGUCUCUUGAGCAUUACCUAGGUCUAGAAACAGACCUGCAGGACCUGGAGCUCAAAUAUCUUCUGCAGAAGCGGGACAGCCGCAUUGAAGUACAGUCAAUCUUCAUUAGCAAUGAUAUGCGCCUGGGGACAUGGUUUGACCCUUCCUGGAGGAAGAGGAUGCUGGUGACGCUGAAAAGCAACAAGUACAAGCCAAAUUUGGUCCACCUCAUGCUGGCCCUCUCCCUCCAGAUCUGCCUCACCAAGAAUAGCACCUUGGAACCAGUCAUGGCCAUCUACGUCAACCCCUUUGGGGGUAGCCAUUCCGAAAGCUGGUUUAUGCCUACCAAUGAGACUGGCUUCCCUGACUGGGAAAGGACUAAUGUAGAUGCCUCUGGCCAAUGCCAAAACUGGACUCUCACUUUAGGCAGCAAGUGGAAGACCUUUUUUGAGACAGUCCAUGUCUAUUUGCGGAGCCGCAUCAAAUCCCUUAACGACAGUUCUAACGAAACCAUCUUUUACGAGCCUUUGGAAACGGAUCCUUCUAAGAACUUAGGGUACAUGAGAAUCAACACCUUACAGGUCUUUGGCUACAGCCUGCCAUUUGAGUCUGAUGCCAUUCGGGACCUUGUCCUUCAGCUAGAUUACCCCUAUACCCAAGGAUCCCAAGACUCUGCUAUAUUGCAACUGAUUGAGAUCAGGGACCGAGUCAACCGUCUCUCCCCACCGGGGAAAAGCCGCAUUGAUCUUUUCUCUUGCUUGCUUCGUCAUAGGCUCAAACUCGCCAACAAUGAAGUGAGUCGGAUCCAGUCUACCCUACAGGCCUUCAAUGCCAAGCUCCCAAACCCAGUGGAAUAUGAGACUGGGAAACUUUGCAGCUAGCCUUAGGGGUGGGUAGGGCUACUCCCGUAACCCCGGAGAGGAGAAGAAACUGCAACAAUCAAAGGCCUUACUUUCAUGCCAGCCGUUAAAUCCCACGAGACAGUCAACAACCUGCCUCAGAUGAUCGCAGGCUCUGUGAACUUUGGAAAUACGUUAUGGCACAUCAAUCUUUGGAAUCGUUUGCCUGAGAAGAGGCCUCAAGGCAGUGCCGCUUCAAAUGUCCUAUUCGAACACUGAACAAGGUUAUCGUUUUCCCUUUCCUGUUUGACUACGUCGAGAAACUAUGAAGGAACCGGUAGACUUGGGAAAAAGAAAGUGACCGAAAGCAGCAUGACAGGAAUGGCAAUAAAGCCUUCUGCUCUCUGUCUGGCAGUUUUGGCUAGUAAGCCCUUCAAAAGACGAUGAAGAAGAGUUAGGCAUGAUUCUUGCAGGGGUUUUAAGAAAGCCUAGUUUGAAAACCCUCUUUAGUCCUUUGCUUUCCUUGAUACUGUUUACUUUUGUAUUAUUUUUAUGGGUGUUUCUAACAAUGGCAUGGGCUUCUCUACAUUCCCUUCUGAAACCACCACCUAAGCACCUCUUCCUCAGAAGGUAGCUCCAUUUCUGUCCGUUGGGGGGAAAAAUGCCUUUCAAAGAAAGAAGUUUAGGAAUCAAGUUUCAACUGACACACCAAGUCCCUGCUUUCACUUUUUUUCAUUUGAUUCCUGGAGCACAUUACAAGCAUUUAACUGGCUAAUA